CAAGCAUGGCAUGGCAUGGCCGUUGCCGUGGUCACGUUGCGGGAUUCUCGCCGAAAGGUUAUCGCGAUGUUUUUAGCCCCGUGUAAAAUUUAAGUCAACAUGGAUCCCGUAUAACAUGUGAUUUAUAACUGACUUCUAGGAAAGCAAAAUGCGUUUGUUAAAAUUGCCUAUUCAGAGCUCUGCGUGCGCGUGUCGUUGUAUGACUCGGACAGCGAGCGGCUCCUCAAGGCACAUUCACCUGCGCGCGGCGGCAGCAGCAGCAGAAACUGUAUGCGGCAGCCUGUGGUCUUUAUCAAGACGAUUUCAGUACAUUCGCUUGCUGAGAGACGCUCGGCAGAAGAGCACCAAAGGCAGUGUAUCGUCGCUUUUCAUGCCAGUUCCGGUAAAAGUGUCCAACAACCCGGAUGAUAUCAAUGUAGGAGAAGAGCUAACUACGAAACUCAAAAAAGAGGAUCUUCUUAAGCUGCUAAACCAAUUUAGUAAACGCCCGGAGGUUAUAAAAUGGAGCGAAGAGAAUGGUCUAGAUGCUCGUUUGUUUCACCAAGCCUUUGUAAGUUUUCGACGGUACUGCAUGGAGUCGGAACAGCUUCCAGCAGAUUUGCAUAUAAUUUUCAGCGACCUACUUCAAGGCGGCAGGCACCUGGACGACCUUCUUCCUUACUUUCUCCAACAUGCGAGACAGAUCUUCCCACAUUUGGAAUGCAUGGAGGAGCUGCAGAAGAUCAGUGACUUGAGGCACCCUGGAAACUGGUAUCCUGAAGCACGUGCUAUCCAGAGGAAAGUGAUCUUUCAUGCUGGACCCACCAACAGCGGCAAGACACAUGCAGCACUUGAGGGUUUUCAUAAUGCAAGCACUGGCCUUUACUGUGGACCGUUAAAAAUGCUGGCUGUAGAAGUUUUCCAGAAGACUAACGAGAAGGGCACACCGUGUGACCUAGUGACGGGCGAGGAGCGGAGGUGCGUGUUGCCCGAUGGCCAGUCAGCCCAGCAUGUGGCAUGCACAGUUGAAAUGGCUGCUGUUCAUACCCCAUAUGAUGUGGCUGUGAUUGACGAGAUCCAGAUGAUGCGCGACCCCCAGCGAGGAUGGGCCUGGACUCGUGCUCUCCUGGGGCUGGCAGCCAAGGAGCUUCACCUGUGUGGCGAAGCAGCUGCUGUAGGGCUUGUGCGCAGCCUGCUGGCCUCACUCGGAGAAGACCUGGAGGUUCGGAAGUACAAACGCUUGACACAGCUAACUAUUGAAAACAGAGCACUUGAAAGCUUAGAAAAGAUACAACCAGGUGACUGUGUUGUGUGUUUCAACAAGAGUGACAUCUACCAAGUGAGCCUACAAAUUGAACGGCAGGGACUGGAGUGCGCCGUCAUCUACGGGGGACUGCCACCUGGCACCAAGCUGGCCCAGGCGCAAAAAUUCAAUGACCCUGAUCAUCCAUGCAAGGUGCUUGUGGCAACCGAUGCCAUCGGUAUGGGUCUCAACCUCAGCAUUGGCCGUGUCAUCUUCUACUCCCUCGUUAAGCCAACGAUAAAUGAGCGUGGCGAACGACAGAUGGACACUAUCUCUACAUCUCAGGCUCUCCAGAUUGCAGGCCGAGCAGGCCGUUUUGGGAGUCGAUAUGAAGUUGGUCGGGCAACAACAAUGAAGCCACAGGACCUACCUGCACUGAAGCAAAUCCUUGCUGCCUCUGUGGAGCAAAUUGAAGCAGCGGGCCUGCACCCAACGGCAGAGCAGAUUGAGCUCUUUGCUUACCAUUUGCCCCACGCAACUCUGGCCAACCUUGUGGACAUUUUUGUCAGCCUUUGCAAAGUUGAUUCAUCGUCCUACUUCAUGUGUAAUUUGGAGGGCUUCAAGUUUCUGGCUGACAUGAUCCAGCAUGUGCCCCUGCCACUGCGGGCACGAUAUGUAUUCUGCUGCUCACCGAUCAACCAGAAAAUGCCAUUUGUGUGCAGCAUGUUCCUCAAGUUUGCACGGCAGUACAGCCGCAAUGAACAACUAACAUAUCAGUGGUUAGGGCGCAACAUUGGUUGGCCCUUGGCCGUCCCGAAGUCCAUCAUGGAUUUGGUUCACCUGGAAGCUGUUUUUGAUGUGUUGGACCUUUACCUCUGGCUCAGCUACCGCUUCCCAGACCUAUUUCCAGAUGCUGAGGCUGUACGUGCCAUGCAGCAGGAAUUAGACCUAAUCAUUCAAAAGGGUGUGCUCAAUAUCACACAGCUGCUACGUGCUGGCAUGGAAAGUGCUGCUGAGGAAACCGAUCAUGACGAAGGGGCCCCCUCAGCCCACGCACCCAAGCUACAGGGCAAGCUUGCUGACCGUUUGCUUGCUCAAGGCCUCCUCACCAAAGAGCAACUUUUAGAACUCCAGCGUGAGUGGCAGCGUGGCAGCCCAAGGGAUCGCCGCAACAAGAAGCCAAAAUAACAUGCACAGACACAACUAGUACAUAGUGCCCCAGGUUUUGCAGAAGCCUUCUGUAUUCAACAUGGUCAUUGUGUUUGUAGGGUUUGUUGCAUAAAUGUGGGAACUGUGCCAAAGUUUCCAGUCCAGGAAGGCAAAAAACGAACAAGUUGAACAAGAGCCAUGCUCUGUGUACAGGCAGGACCAUAUUUAGCGGAAAGAAGUGAGGACGUGGCUUGAGCUCUGUGUCAUGCCAGAUGCUGGUGCCACAUACGUGGAUGGCAGUCAGUGUAUUGCAUAGUCAUGAAGUGUGCCAUGAUAUGGCACCCGAUGCAUCUAAAUAAUUGUGUGCAGUGUGCGAUGUUGACAUUUGCUCACUGGCAACAAAUAAGCUCCUGCUCUUGGCACACACAAAUUUUUCUACUCACCAAGCCACACAUUGGCCGGCGCAGUAGAAGAAAUUGUGCUGAAGGCAGCUCCCACUGUGCUCUUUACUGUCAGUUACGUCUGUCUUGGCACACAGCAAGAGUCAAGCACUCACAUUUUCCCACAAUGUUUGUCUCCCCUGUACUGUCCAUUUGGCACUUGCUGUGUUGUCAGAUUUGCUGCAUUGGAACAGUACUGCGAGGUUCUUUCAUGGUGUUAGCACUUGUUAGCUAGAAUGACCCAGAGUUCUGUUCCUUGCAGCUUUAAUGCACAUUGCUUCCAAGCACUGGCCUUUCAGUGCUGACAAAGUUCUGUGUGGAAGUGUCAUUAAAAGUGCUACCCGCAUGAAUUGCCAGUGCAGUCUUGCAUAAGUGUUCAUUGCGUUUAGGAGCGGCUCUUCCACUUUUGGCAGCUGUGUCAGAUAGAGCCUGGUUCAGUAUUGCAUUGUCAAGGUGCAUAUGUGGAGUUCUGGCAGAACAGACAACAUUGUGAUACCUGUCUAAAAAGCGUUCACGUGUCAAAGGCAAUGCUAUUCUUACUGCCACCGUAUUCACCCGAAUCUAACGUUCACCUUUAUUCUGAGAAAAUUGGUCAGAAAAUCGCCUGCGUGUUACAAUCGGAUAUAAAACCAAAACUGUGUUUGCAGCAUUGGCAACAGCCUACUAUCAGAGCCAUCAGACGCAGCGUCAUCGCUCUCACAAAAUAGCGGCUAAGCACUUUUUCAUGAAGAUUGCUGUGGUUGUGUGGAUUCAUUUUAUGCUCGACUACGAUUUGGAGUGGUGUUCUCGGUCAAUCACUUUCGGGGAUACUAUCAGUUUGAUGAGAUUUUGUGUGACUCGCUACCGGAUGCGUCAGCAUAUACGGCUGCCAGCAUUUCUGCCGCUGUGUCAAGCUUGCUAUUACAGUGAAUCUGUUUAUCUGACAGACCUGAAUGAAGGAGCCAUAUGCAUGGUCUCAUAGGGGGUUAUCUGGGCUGGCUAAAGUCUGUAGAGUGAACAAAAAAGAUAAUGAAUGAUAGUAACGUACAGAAUAAAAGAAGGACAUGUGAUUUCAUCAUGCACCACACCUGCGCAGUGGGGGUGUCGUCUGCUGUCGUCUGUCUGCCCUCAAUAUAACGGCGCAGCAGUUGUGGCGGGAAAACAUGGGGAUGUGCGUCACGGUAGCCGCCACGGUAUGUAAGAACCGGAUUGUGCAUUGCAGAGGUAGACCAUUGCAACAGUUGCAACUCCAACAAAAACGGGGGAAAUGGAAAGACCACAUAUUGUGCGCACGGCCGAAGAACAAGCCGAGUAUGAGGAGAGGCAUCGACAGCAGAGACACAACUAUAACCAACGACUUCGUGCCCAUGUGAAAAUGGAGAAUACGGCCAGUGACUUUGCCUCUGAAGAAUGUCAGCAAGAGCUUAAUUGUCAGCGCCAAGUGCAAGCUACCGAUGAAGAUUGCGCAUUGGAGGCCGCUCGUAAGCGUCAGGCUAGGUCGUUUGAGUCUACGUCCAAGCGGCAGAAGCGCGAGUUGCCACCUCCUUCUUGUUUCACCGUGGCGAAUUACAAAUUCAAGAGAAUGUGCCUGGACGUGGAAGUCUUACGUGCGUAAAAUCAUGUGAAAGUGUUAAUAGUAUCUUUAAAAUUGAUCGCUUGGGAAUACCGCCCCUUAUGCUUGGUACCUGUUGCCAAUGAAGUGCAAAUGGUGAUGACGGCAUGCCGCUUUCAUUAUAAAAGCUAAUGAAAAGAACAUUCAUUCUGUGUAGAUAACUUUUGCUUUUAUAAAUUUGUUAAAUAUGUUAAAUUCAGGUGCACUUUUAUUUUCUUACUUUAAACCCGUGAAAGUUGGGUGCACAUUAUAAUUGGGUAAAUACAGUUAUUGCUCCUGCCAAAACCUCCCAAGAAAUUUUAUCCCAACUUAUCAGAACAUUCACCUCAAUUUUUUUUCUUAUUUGAGUGCAUUGAAUUCAGGGCUGUUACAUGGUAAACCAGUUCUCUGGGAAUCUGCAACUUGUAGGAAACUUUAUGAAAGGGAAAAAUUGUCACCGGCCUGAGCGUAGCACAAAGCUGUGAAGGAGGCUAGCCUGUGCUUCGAGUUGUCAAUUUCGCCUUGCUCUGAAAUUGUCCUGGUUAGCUCAGAUAAUAUAAAGCAAUCACUCAAUAAGGGCAUUGGUUCCAUGUUCAAUCCCAAGCCAGGAUGAAUUUUUCUUCAGCUGUGAGGCUUUCUUUCUGAGAAACUUGUAUUGGGUUUUCUUUGUAGCUUUGUGCUAUUCUCUGGUGGAUGUUCCUUUUUCUUUUUAGGGCUGUUGCAGCUACAUGUGCAUUUUGCCUACAAAACAAGGUCUUUCUGGCCUAAUUUUAGGAGAGCUGUCUUUGAAUAAAAUUAGGCCAAAGAAAUUCCUUGCUUAAAGUGUUGUAAA